GAACUCGAUCCUGAACUGGUCGCCAGUCUGUCACGGGGCUAAGAACGGGAACCACACGCGCAACCGGUUCCCAUGUUGUUCGGAAUUUUUAUCGCGAGUAAAAUCUACCUGGCCCGCACCGCUGUCGUCGGCUGUCACUUCUCCAGGGUGACCGCGCACCGUACGACUGACCGAUUUUCGGAAGUACCCAUGAGCCAGUGUCACGUGCAGGAUAAUAAUUCCUUUCUUGAUCUGUGAUUUGUUUUUCUUAAAUCAUACUCACGGGGCUCGCCCGAAGCUCGGUUAAUACCCGCAAGGACUCUCGAGUAAUUACAUUGAGUUCAUCGAGUGCUUCUUACAAAAAAUCAUAACCAUUCAUCGUCGUCGUCGUCAAGAUGCUGACCGACAUGACUCCGGCGGCGGCCGGACAGCUUUAUCCGCAGCUACAAUCCAUCGCCAAGUCCCCAGCUAGUCACGUGGAUCACCCGGGGCUGCGCGGAACCCCGCUGGCUAUGCUGGCAGCGCAGUGCAACAAGCUGAGCAGCAAAAGUCCGCCACCCUUGGCGGACGCAGCGGUGGGCAAGGGGUUCCACCCGUGGAAAAAGAGCCCGCAGAGCAGCGGGAGCUCGCCGCAACACUCGGGGGGCGGCGGUGGCGGCGGCGGCUGCACGACCACAACGGGGGUGACGCAGAGGCCGACGGCGACGAGCAGCGCCGGUAGCACCGGAGGCUACGCCAGGCCUCCGGUAACCUCGUGCGCCUCGACGGCCCCCCAGUACGGAAGCGACCUCUACUUUCCCGGCACGGCUAGCGCCCAGCCGGCGAGCGACCCCCACCACCACCAGAGCAGCCUGCUCGGUAAGGUGGAGGGUGCGACCCUGGGUUCCGUGUACGGAAGACACCCUUACGAGUCGUGGCCGUUCAACGCUAUGCCGGGAGCGACGCACGGCGGUAUCAAGGCCGGGGACGGGGGCUGGUGGGACGUUCACAGCGCGGCGACCGGCGGGUGGCUGGACGUCAGCGGGACCGUCGGCGUCGGCGUCCACGCCGCCCAGAUGGCCAACUACUCGGCGGAUUACUCGACGAGCCUCGCCCUCGCCGGCAAUCACUUGUUGGGCUCGACGACGGCCGGCCAUAAUCUGCUUCAAGACACUUACAAGUCGAUGCUGCCCGGCGGGCCACCCGGCUUCGGGUUGCACCACCACGCGACGAGCGGGGGCGGGGCCGGGAGCCCCCAGGGGGCCGGAGGCGCCGGCGUUGCCCAGGCACCCUCGCCGAGGUCGCAGAGGAGAUACACCGGCCGGGCGACCUGCGACUGCCCGAACUGCCAGGAGGCAGAGCGACUCGGACCUGCCGGUGUUCACCUGAGGAAGAAGAACAUCCACAGCUGCCACAUCCCCGGGUGCGGGAAGGUCUACGGGAAGACGUCUCAUCUGAAGGCCCAUUUGCGGUGGCACACUGCGGCACCUUCGAACCCACACCGGAGAAAAGAGAUUCGCCUGCCCGGUCUGCAACAAGCGAUUCAUGCGCAGCGACCACCUCGCGAAGCACGUCAAGACGCACAGCAGCAGCAGCAGCAGCGGCAGCAGCGGGGCGAGCAAAGGCAAGGGGGCGGCGGGGGCGGGCAGCUCGUCGGCCGAGUCCUGCUCCGACAGCGAGGACAACGCGAGUCAGCAGAGUCCCAUUUCGGGGCCCCUGGUUCAGGGGGCCCUGGACAGCAGCACGGCGGGUCAGCCGAGCACCAACAGCACCCAGCAGCAACCGGCAACCCCCAUGACCCCAAUGCAGAUGACCCCUCCAACCCCGCUGACACCCCAUCAUCCCCACCACCCGCAUCUCCCGCCGCUAAUGGGCCACCACCCCCACCAUCAUCAUCACGCAACCACCGUGGUUCCCACCACCCACCACCAUCAUCAUCAUCACACGGGGAUGAGCAUGCACUGAGCCCGGUGGGGCCCGGAGCCGCAUGCGCCAACAACGCAACGGCCCUGGGCUCCCCCCUAUCUUACCCCCUGAACCUUAACCUGAUCCACCACCACCAUCAUCACCAUCAUCAGGCCGCUGCGGUCGCCGCAGCCGCGGCAGCCGCGGCCGCCGCCAAUCAUCACCACAAUUCCUACUCUAUGCAGCAAAAUCCUGGCACCCCGGGCACGGCGCAGACCCCCUCACCCUCCUCACCCGCCCCUGUACAUAGUCUCUAGGUACGUGUAACGAGAUGAGAUGAAUAUUAACCCGACACCCCCUCCCCUCUACCCCCACCCCUUUGCCGGAUUUUGACCAAAUUUUAUUCUGGGUGGAAAAUCCUGAUAAUUCGUUCUCUGUGUAAAAUAUGUUGCUGCUGUAAUUUUUGAUAUUGUGUCUGGCUCCUCCGCCUCUGCCUCUGCCUCCGCCCCCGACCUCGUCGUCAACCAACCCCCGGACCGCGACCCUACGACCCUAUACUGCAUUAUAUGAAAUUAUUAGAAAACGAACUAUGCGAC